AUGUCGUGGAAUUUUUUAAUGACAAUCAAACCUCUUUCACCUUUUUUAGACAUAGUUCGACACGCUAGUAAGAAAACUGGAGGCAGUACAAGAAAUACAAACUGUAAAGUUAAACCGAAGCACAGAGGCUGGAAAGUUCAAGAUGGACACAAUGUGCAAGCAGGACAUAUUUUAGCUACUCAAAGAAACCUAAGAUUCCAUCCAGGUUUAAAUGUUGGAAUGGGGCGUAAUGGCACAUUGUUUGCUAUGGAACCUGGGAAAGUUGUGGUGACAUGUGAAAAAUUUGAACCAAAUUGGGAGCAUACAUGGGUUCAAAGAAUUUAUAGUGGAAGAGGUGACCAAGUAAUUUUUAAGAAGUAUUUUAAUAUCAUACCUAAACCACAACAUAACAGAUUUAAGUUAAUCGAGGAAAUGUAA